CUGCCUUGUGGCCUGCUUGAAGAGAAGAUUGAAACGGAUAGAGAGAGAAAGUUGAGAGAGAGAGAGAGAGAGAAGAUGUCGUGGCAAACUUACGUAGACGAGCACUUGAUGUGCGAUAUUGAAGGGAGUACACUCACUGCCGCGGCCAUCAUCGGCCAAGAUGGCAGCGUUUGGGCUCAAAGCGCCACUUUUCCUCAGUUAAAUCCCGAGGAGGUAACUGGUAUCGUGAAUGAUUUUGAAGAACCUGGCACUCUUGCACCAACUGGGUUAUUCCUUGGUGGUGCAAAGUAUAUGGUCAUUCAAGGUGAACCUGGGGCUGUUAUCAGAGGGAAGAAGGGUGCUGGUGGUGCUACUGUGAAGAAGACAGGGCAAGCUUUGAUUAUUGGAUUGUAUGAUGAGCCCAUGAAUGCUGGGCAGUGCAACAUAAUUGUGGAGAGGCUUGGUGACUAUCUUAUCGAGCAGGGUCUUUAAUUUUACUAUCAUCAAAUUUGUAUAAAACUUGUUCCCCCCUCUCUUUCCUGGGAGCCCAUCAUCAUUAUCAUCAUCAUCAUCAUCAUUAUCAUUUGCUUGAAGUUGUUGGAGUUAUUGCUGUGUCAAUAAUAAGGUUUUUGACAUUCUUGUGUUUUUGACAUUCUCUUGUUAUGAAUAUCUCUAAGUGUUGUUGGUAUUUAAUAUCCAUCCUCCAAAAGGAUUUGAUUGAUUGGUAUUAUUUGCUGAUGUACUGAAUUCAUAGUCUUUUUUUUUUAAAGUAAAACAAUCCUUUUCUAUUUGGCA